UCGUAGCGUGGAGUUAGUUCCAAAAUAUGGCUUCAAUUACCCCUUCACAAUCAUCAUCAACUCGAAAAUUUACUUAUGAUGUUUUCUUAAGCUUUCGAGGGGAAGAUACCCGCAAGAACAUUGUGGAUCACCUUUACCAUUGGCUGAAACAGAAAGGGCUCCACACCUUCAAAGAUGAUGAGCGGCUGGAGAAAGGACAGCCUAUCGCUCCAACUCUGCUGCAGGCUAUUCAAGAAUCAAGAUUUGCUGUUGUCGUCUUCUCUAAAACCUAUGCAUCAUCAACAUGGUGUUUAGACGAACUUGCGAAAAUCAUGGAAUGCAAAGAAAAGCUGAACCAGGUUGUGGUGCCAAUUUUCUACAACAUAGACCCUUCACAAGUGCGCAAACAAACUGGACGUAGUUUUGAAGAAGCAUUUGCCAAACAUGAAGAGAACUUCAAGGAUGACGAGGGCAAGGCCAAGGUUGAGAGGUGGAGGAAAGCUUUGAAAGAGGCAGGCAAUAUUUCAGGGCACCAUUUGGAGGGUGAUGAGUAUAACGGGUUUGAAAUACGUUGUAUCAACGCAGUCAUUGCUGACAUAUCGAAACAACUGCCUCCACCUCCAAGUGUCCAUAAAAGUUUAGUGGGAUUAGAGUCGCGGCUUGAAGAAAUAACAACGAAGCUGAAAGUGUGGGAUGAAGAUGUUAAGCUUGUAUUAGGUCUUUGGGGUAUGGGCGGAAUUGGGAAAACAACCAUUGCAAGAGUUACUUUUGAUCGAUUUUCUAGUGGAUUUGAUGGCUCAUGUUUUCUUUAUGAUAUUAGAAAACAUGGGUUGGAAGCCUCUCAAGAGAAACUCCUAUCAAAAGUUCUGAAGGAAAAUUCAAUUCAUAUAGAUAAUGCGGAAGAAGGAAUUCAAAUGAUACAGAAAAGGCUCGAAUGGAAGAAAGUGUUGAUAGUUCUUGAUGAUGUAGAUCAUCGGGAUCAAUUAGAUAAACUGGUUGGAGACGGUGAAUGGCUUCGCAAUGGUAGUAGAGUCAUCAUAACUACAAGAGACAGGCAUUUAUUCACUCAAUUUAGUGUUAUUGAAUGUUAUGAAGUAAAGAAAUUGGAGGAAGAAAAAGCUCUAGAACUAUUUAGUUGGCAUGCUUUUAAGAAAGAAAAUCCAAAGAAUGGAUUUGAAGAUCUAUCUACCUCUUUUGUAGCUCAUGCAGGUGGUCUACCAUUAGCCCUUAAAGUCUGGGGUUCUUCCCUAUGUGGACAAACAGACCAAAAAGUGUGGGAAAGCAAACUAGAGAAGAUUAAAGGCAUCCGAGAUGGGGAAGUUGUUGAAAAGCUUCGGAUAAGUUAUGAUGGAUUGGAUGAGGAGUGCAAAGAAGUAUUUUUGGAUAUAGUAUGCUUUUUUCGGGGCAAGCGCCGGGAUGUUAUAGAAGAAGUACUUGAUGGUUGUAAAUUAAAUCCUGUCGCGAACAUAUCGAUGCUUAUUGAUAGAUGUCUUUUAUUUGAAUAUGAUUGGCAUCGUAUUCAUAUGCAUGAUUUGAUACAUGAGUUGGGGUUAAAUAUUGCAAGAGAAAAAAGGAGCAGGAGAUGGCGGCUUAACCACCUUGAUGAUGAGCCUAAGGCAGUGGAAAGUCUUUUGCUUUCAUUCAAGUGUGAUGAGAAUAUUAGCCUUUGCAUUGAAGCUGUCAAACAAAUGACAAAAUUGAAGAUGCUCAUUGUUGGAUAUCAUAAAUGUGAUCUUUGUAGCUCAGAAGAGAUGGACAUUAUGAGUUGUCUUCCUAGAAGUUUGGUGGUGCUUAAAUUCCAAAGUUAUCGAGGGCCAAAUCCUUCUUUCCCAAUGGAAAUGAAAAAACUUACCUAUUUGGAUCUUAGCUCAUCCGACUCUUUGUUAAACACCCCAAAUUUUGCAAAGACGCCGAAUUUGGAAAUGAAGAACAUUACCCUUAUUGAUCUUAGAUUUUGCAGCUCUUUGUUAGAAACUCCAAAUUUUACUAUGAUGCCAAAUUUGAAGUAUUUAUAUCUUUCAAAGUGUGAAAAAUUGAAAGAGAUUCACCCGUCUAUUGAAAAUCUUACAAAGCUUGUCAAAUUGGAUUUUAACAAAUGCAGAAGCCUUGAGAAGCUUCCCAGCUUUAACCAGGAAAUGAAGAACAUUACCCAUUUGGAACUUAAAUCUUGUAGCUCUUUGAUAGAAACACCAGAUUUUGCAUUGAUCCCGAAUUUGGAGUAUUUAAACCUUUCACAGUGUAAAAAAUUAAAACAGAUCCACCCGUCAAUUGGAAAUCUUAUGGAACUUGUCAAAUUGAAUUUGAACAAAUGUUGAAACCUUGAGAAGCUCCCCAACUUCAACAAGGAAAUGAAGACAAUUGUCCAUUUGGAUCUUAGAUUUUGCAGCUCUUUGUUAGAAACUCCAAAUUUUGAUAUGAUGCCGAAUUUAAAGGAUUUAUACCUUUCAAAGUGUAAG